UUCACUACUUGCCGGCCCCCUCUCUCUCUCUCUCUGUCUCUCAUAGUGGUUGUGCAGAGCACAUACGAGUUUCCAUCCUCUCUCUCUCUCUCUCUCUCCCGUAAUUGUAAACUAACAUUCAAGUACUGUUUUCCAAUAAAGACCCUUUUGCUAAAAUCUUUCCUUUCGCCUUAGAUAAGCUCUAUAUAAACACAGAUAUACACUCUCUCAAGACUUGAGGUAUCAGUUGAUCAAAAGUCCAAGAAAAUCUUUAUCGACAGAGAAGAUGGUGGUGAAGAUGAUGAAGUGGAGGCCUUGGCCGCCACUGUCAUCCAAAAAAUUUGAGGCCAAGAUCACCGUUCAUCACCUCGGAGGUCUCUUUCCAUCACCCCAACUCCAAGAUUCUUCAAGAUUUUCAGUUGAGAUCAAGUGGAAGGGCUCAAAGGGAAUUGGGUUGGGUUCUUUGAGGAGGAGUGUUAGGAGGAAUUUCACAAAGGAAGAGUUGUUGGGGGAAGAUGGGGUUGUGCACUGGGGUGAGGAGUUUCGCUGUAUUUGCAGUUUCUCAACUUACAAGGAGGGUUCUUUUCAUCCUUGGAAGGUUUCAUUUGCAGUUUUUAAUGGUUUGAAGCAAGGGACAAAUAACAAUGUCCCUGUCGUUGCCACUGCAUCCUUGAACCUUUCAGAUUUUGCUUCUGCAGCUGAAAAACAAGACGGAGAAGUUGAUGUUCCUCUGACAAUACCCUGCGCCCAUGGUGACGGAUGUAUUUCCCUUUAUCUUUCAAUUAGUCUUCUAGAACUAAGAAAUGCUGAGGACCCUCCUGAAUCGACGAUACCAAGACCCGUUAUAUAUUUUCCACGGUCUCCUUGUUAUGGAGAAAUGUUUUCAUUGGAGAAGGAGGAUAUAUCAACUCGUAAGGCGAGCCCAAUAAGAGUCAAUAUCUUCAAGGGGUUAUCUGCCCUAAGAAGUAAAAAGGAGGAAGGCAGUGAUGGAAGGAGCUCAGAUAGAAGCGAGGAUGUCGAGUUUAAUUAUGCACUUGACACGGAUUCACUGGACGACUCGGAUGAAGGAGAGUCGGAUGAAGUAAAGCAGGAUUCUCGUGUUAGGAAGUCAUUCAGUUACGGGACAUUGGCUUAUGCAAACCAUGCUGGAGGUUCAAUUUACUCAAAUACAAGCAGCAGCGAGGAUGAAGACUGGAUAUAUUACAGCCAUGGUAAAUCAGAUGGAGCACAUAUAUAUCCCGGGGAUAAGAGGAUACCAGUUGCUGAACAUUCAACACAGCAGAAUUUAAAACGUAGACUUCUUCCGUGGAGAAAAAGGAAAUUAAGCUUCAGAUCACCUAAAGUCAAAGGAGAGCCAUUAUUGAAAAAAUAUUAUGGAGAGGAAGGUGGAGAUGAUAUUGAUUUUGAUCGCCGUCAGCUUAGCUCCUCAGAUGAAUCUGCUAUAAGACAGAAAACUGGGGACAAUUCAGCUGCAAACCAACAAUAUGCCUCUGAAUUUGGAGAUGAUGAUUUUGCCAUUGGGAUCUGGGAGCUGAAGGAGAUAAUAAGCCGUGAUGGACACAUGAAAUUGAAAACACAAGUUUUCUUUGCCUCGAUCGACCAAAGGAGUGAACGUGCAGCUGGUGAAAGUGCUUGUACAGCUUUGGUAGCUGUGAUUGCUGAUUGGUUACAGUCGAACCAAGAUGAGAUGCCGAUCAAGUCCCAACUCGACAGCCUAAUUCGUGAAGGUUCACUUGAGUGGAGAAAUCUCUGUGAGAAUGAGACAUAUGGGGAAAGAUUCGCAGACAAGCAUUUUGACCUUGAGACGGUACUCGAGGCUAAAGUUCGUCCACUUUCCGUUGUCCCAGAGAAAUCUUUCAUAGGGUUCUUCCACCCAGAAGGACUAGACGACAAAGGGUUUGAUUUCCUCCAAGGUGCCAUGUCAUUUGACAACAUUUGGGAAGAAAUCUGUAGAUGUGCCUCUGAGAUGCAGCCUUGCAGUGACCCUUUGGUCUAUAUCAUCAGCUGGAACGAUCACUUUUUCGUCCUAAAGGUUGAACAUGAUGCAUACUACAUCAUCGACACUCUGGGCGAGAGACUCUAUGAGGGCUGCAACCAAGCCUUUAUCUUGAAAUUUGACAGGGAUACAAUGAUUCAUCAGGUUGCUAGUGAGACUCAAAAUUCGGAUGAUAAACCAGCCAAUGAUAAGCCGGAGAAAAAUAGGAAAAUUGAGGUCUCUACUGGGAAAGAAGUGGUUGCCGUUAAUGAUUCUCCAGGAAAGAACGAAGAGGAUUCAAUGAUAGUCUGCACGGGCAAAGAGUCAUGCAAAGAGUACAUCAAGAGCUUUUUGGCUGCAAUUCCCAUUAGGGAAUUGCAGGUUGAUCUGAAGAAGGGGUUAAUGGCAUCUACGCCUCUUCAUCACCGGCUACAAAUUGAAUUCCAUUACACCCAGCGUCUGAAUCCGGUUGGGCAGCAUCCUAUAGCAGAAGCAGUAGAUGAUACACAGGCAACUUUGGCACUAACACAACUAGAACCUGAUGAAUUAUAGAGAUGUUCUUUUCUGUUUUGUUGUUUAUACAUGAAAGGGUAAGGAACGGGACUUGUGAGUUCUGUCAACUAUGCUUAGCCAUAGGCCUUUCUUCCCUUUUACCUUAACAUUAAUAACCAAUUUUCUUAGAAAUGUGAAUUAAGUUAAAUGCAUAGUAUCCUUCUUUAUGUUUUGGC